CAGCGUCGCAACUGUUCUAGUGCAAGUUCGAUUUACGGCAUUACUUCAGUAAACAAUAUUUACGGCACUCCCGGUGCUGCGUGGUGUUGGGGAUAUUCAGCUGGUUGUCAAACAUCUAACUCUGUUGAUAGGUAUUGGCGAUAAAACUGAUACCGUGAGGUUUUUCAAAUCCAAAAGGCAUUUUGCUACAAGGUUGGCAUUUUACACUUCAAGAAAGUGGUGGGCUUUGUGCUUUUGCAAAGACAUAAGGAGUCAUAUAACUUCACUCUAUAUGAUUUCGCUGUAAAAUGGAUGUUUUGAGACCAUCGUUGAUUAACAUCAAUGGGAGAAUUUACAGGAAAAAUAUCACCAGGGAGCAGACUUACCAAAACGAAGAAGAGGACUUUGAUUAUUCCGCUAGUCCAGACUGUUUGGAUGAGCCCUGUGACACAGUGGAAGUGGAACAAACAGAAAAGGGCUAUCGCUGUGCUAUAGAUGUCCCCAGUGUUCUCUACAAAUAUAUCAUAGGGAAGAAAGGUGACACCAGAAAAAGAUUGGAGACUGAAACACGGACUUCUAUCAACAUCCCAAAACAAGGCGUGGAGGGGCAGAUAGUCAUCACCGGUCAGCAGCGAGCCUCAGUGAUCUCUGCCUGUACCCGCAUUGAGGUCCUGAUGGAGAGUUUCCGGAUGAAGCAGCCCUUCACUCAUUUCCUGUCCUUUGCUCUAAACCAGCCAGAGAUCCAGGAGCGAUACCUGCAGUUCAAAGAGGAGGUGCUGAAAAACUGUUCCCAGGACAGUGGUGUAGACGGCAGCAUUUUCCAGAAUCCAGCCAAGCUCCAUUUGACUAUUGGUACUCUGUCCCUGCUGAAUGAAAAGGAAGUGACAAAAGCAUGUAAAUUGCUUCAGCAGUGCAAGGAGGACUUUAUCAAGGACAUUACCGGAAGUAAGCCUCUUCCAUUGGAGAUAGUGGGCAUUGAAUACAUGAAUGAUGACCCUGCUAUGGUAGAUGUGCUAUAUGCCAAAGUGCACCCAAAGGAUGGAUCUGACAAAUUACAGCUCAUUGCAGACCAGCUGGUGAAGCAUUUUGUAAGUUCAGGCUUGAUGACUAAGGAGUGGGACAGAGUGAAGCUUCACGCCACAGUCAUGAACACAGUCUUCAGAAAGGACCCCUCAGCUGAGGACAAGAGAGAUUCAGGGAGGCAAGGUCUAAAGGACCGGGAAUCAUUCGAUGCUCGAAAUCUAAUGAAGAUUUUUGGGAAGUAUCAUUUUGGAAAUCUGGAUCUGAAUGCAGUUCAAGUGUCCCAGAGGUUUUCAACAGAUAGCUCUGGUUACUACACCUCAUCAGGACUCAUCACAUUUUCAUGAAGAAUACAAGCAAAUCAAGGGUACGGAAAGUUGGGGAAGAGGAGCAAUCUAGAUUAAAAAAAAUUAUUGUUAACUACAUUUUCUUUAUAUGACUGAAAUAGAGCUCUAGAAUUUGCAUUGUAAGCUUGGAUAUAUCUAGAUGCGUCUGGUAUCUGAUAAUUAGUCAUGCACCUGAAAUGUUUGGUUGAUCUAUAAGGCAAGGCAAAUUCAAUGUAAAUGCAUUUUAUUGUAUUGGUGUUUUUAUACGAGAUAUAGAGAUUUUAAUUAACAGCUGAAUGCUUCUUUUGAGGAAAUGCACUUCUUCCACCAGAUGUCACUGGAGAGAAUCUCUUAAAGUAAUUAGGGAUAAAAAAUAAAACUGGAAUAAGAGGUGAUAAGAGAGCAGGAAUAACAUGUUAAGUCAGCAGUGCCAUUUGCCUUUGGUGCAUGACACACAAACAAGGACAAUUACCUAAAGGGAUUGGCUUUCUCUAAUAACAUGUGUAAUAUAAACCCUUCUUGCUUUGAGACUUCCAACAAGGUACAAGUGAAAAAUAAAAAAAGAGGUUGAUUUUAAAUUGAAAUGGUUUGUUAGAGAGAUAGCCUUGUCCCCUGUUGUGCUUUGUUAUGUCUGUGUAUAGCCCUGAAAAGUUAAUGUAUUAAUGAAAACUUGCACAUUUUGUACAAGAACAAUUGAAGAUUAUAUUAGGCACGCAGUCUUUUUCAGUCAUCAGGCCAACCAAAUUCGCUCUCAGUCAUGAAAUGUAGAAUAUUUUGUUAAAAUGCUUUAAUCUUUUUAUCAUUGCAAAAAAAAAAAAAGCUGUAUAUGAAGAGAAGUUACAAUUCUAAUAAUAAUUGCUUUUUAUGAUAUGGGUUGUAUUCUAAAAAUGUAACCUUGGUAAAUUUAUGAAACAAAUAUUCCCUCAGGAUUAAUAUUUCAGUUUUGGUUGUGUCCUUAUGCAAGGUAAGGUGUAUUAUUUUGUCAUUCGUAACUUUAAACACCCCAUAAAACAAUCAGUAAUACUAAAAUAAAUUACAUGAUGUUGGUGAACAAACCAUUCAGCAAAACUGCGGUGCCUUAAAACAAGUUCCAUAUGAAAUGAAGAUCUAUCCACAUUCAUUACACAGUUUAUUGAUCACAUAACCAAUCUCAGGCCCAUUAAAAAGUGAUAAUGGAUUGUGAAUUACACAGUGAGUCUCUAAGAGGUCAAUUCUCACAAGCCUGAGAAUUGGUUGUUUGAUCUAUUAAAAGUAAGACGGUUCUGCCUGGGGUCCGCUUGGAUUUCUCAGUACUGCCAUGCUCUGAUACCAAAAGCUGAGGGACGAUAGUCACAGGAAGCCUUCGUGAGAACUGUCAACUAGACAUAAAUAAUAAUACAAAAACUUAAGCCUG